CAGACACCACGUGUUUCAAGCCGGAUAGGAAGUGCUUGGUAGAGUUUGUGAGAUGCGGCUCCUCCCCAUGCUGUAUAGGACUGUAUGCAGGAAAAGCAGUUCUUGGAAUCUGAAAGGCAAACCAGCUCAUCAACAGUUAAAUAGGUUCACCUGGUCAUUUGCAGCGAGAAUGGGUAACUUUUUAUCUUCCAGCGCACCACAAUCUGAUAUUAUAAAGAUGGUUAAGGAAACUGUCUCUGAGAAUUGUGUGGUGAUCUUUUCAAAGACUUCGUGUCCUUACUGCCAAAUGGCAAAAGAAGCGUUCAAUGAUCUAAAUAUAAACUAUAAAGUGGUAGAGUUGGACCAAGAAGAACAUGGAAACCAAAUUCAAACCAUUCUUCAUAAAAUGACUGGAGCCAGAACUGUUCCUCGGGUUUUUAUUAAUGGAUCCUGUAUUGGAGGCGGAACGGAAACUCGGAAGCUUAAAGAAGAAGGGAAGUUAAUGGAACUUGUGCAGCAGUGUGGAAUCAGUGGUGCAGGAAGCUGAUCGCUCUGUGCUCUGACUGUUCAUGGUCUACCUCACAGUGUUUAAGAAGACCUACAAUGAAAUGGCAACGUUGUUUGGUUAUUUUAUUUUUAAUUUAAUCUUGUGCUAUAACUUCAAGGCUAUUGGUAUAAUUUUAAACAUUGAUAAAUAUUUAAUAAAUUCCUUUUUAAAAUGCAGCUCUCAAGAAAGUAACAUUGCUCUGCAUUAAUUAUUAUUGGGAUCAUUAUGUAACCAUUUAGAAGAUUGGCAGUUUUAAUGGCAAAUAUGGGGGUAAUUGGGUACAUACAUGAUUAAUAAGGUACUCUAUAAUCCAGUUUACAUCUCUAGCGUUUGAGGUCUGUAUUAAUUAGGGCAUACACCUGUACUAGAUGCUGUGGACUAUUACUCCCAUCAUUCUUAGCCCGGCUAAGCAGUAGGAGUUGGUCUAUAGAAUCUCCCGUGUCCAUCAGGGUUAGUGCGCCACGCUGUAAUACAGCUUCAGGAUAAAGGUUAAAACAUAUAAUGCACUUUUUCACCCAGUACAUUAAAGGGUUACUCCAGCCACCAUGACCACUUCUGCUUUUUGAAGCUGUCAGUGUGGUAGGAGGCUGUAUGUGCAGCUUUUCUGCUGGACAUCUAGAGAUAUUGUAAUGUGCAGUGUUGUAUCCUCGACACUUGACUUAGACAGCCCACAACUCUGAAUGAUAUAUAUAUAUAUAUAUAUAUAUAUAUAACACGCAAUUUUAAAUAAUAAAAGAAAAGACAAUUUAAGAACCACAGUGCAUUAUAAGACAGACAAUGUUAAAUGAGCUGAGACCAUUUAAGAACCACAGUGCAUUAUGGGACAGACAAUGUUCAAUAAGCUGGAUGUUUUGUGCUAAAACAAGAUCUUUAGUUAUCAAAAAGUGAUGACUGCAAAAAAAAAUACAGUUAAAGGAACACUCCAAGCACCAUAAUCACUACAACCCAAUUGUAAUGUUUAUGGUGCCAAAAGUGCCCUGUUUGCUAACGGUUUGACAACUUAGCUGGGGUCAGUUGCCGCCUCCUCUGCAGCAAUAAACCAACCGUGGCCGUGCAAGAAAUAAGCAAACUGCCUGAAAUCUCUUAGCUGACAAUUGGCAAAUGAGCUAGCCCUACACUGCUGGACAUAGCUAUGUGAAGGGGAUGACCGAAGCCUGUUGGAACCCAGGUAAGUUGUCAGACCAUUUGCAAACUGUUUGACUACAUAUAUAUAUAUAUAUAUAUAUAUAUA